CUGCUCUGCAGCUCCACGGUGGCUCUUCCUCCCAGACCAUUGAAGAAGCCCAAGAUGCAGAUGCCUCGAGACUCUUUCCCCACUGAUUGGAGCCCACCACCUAUAGAGUUCCUGAACAAGAACAAGAAGGUACUUCAGCUUCACAGGAGACCACAUAAGGACUUGGAGAAGCCCCCAGACCAGAAGGUAGGGCUGGCCUCACUGGAGGAACUGUUCUGGAGCAUGGCAGGUCCGAGUCAACAGGCUGUGACUCCAGAGAUUUCCUCUGGGGGCUCGGAGUGCUAUGUCAACAACCUAGACUACUUACUGCGAGAGAAGAGAGAACAGGCCAUGGAGCAGAAGUGGGAGCAGCUACUGCGGCAGGACCAUUCCAAGCUUGACUCCUCUGAAGGUGAUGAAGACUACAGAGAGGCGGUGCUCACACCUGAGCACAGGAGGCUGGUAGAGAAGUUCUCCAUAUCCGUGCAGUUCAUUUCGCCAGUGCAUCCAGGUGAAACUGUAUUUUUGCAGAGAUGUUACCCUUUGCCUUGCAUCCUGGACUCCUCCAGUCUGAAGCCACACAGCCAACUGGAGGAGCUGUUCCUCAGGUCCUCACUGCCCCAGCAGCUCUCCUUCCUGCACCAGGGCCUCCUGAGCAACCUCUAUCUGCAUGCCUCUGAUUACCCGCGACCUCUGCUCCAGUGGCUGUUCCAGUUGCUAACAUGGCCUCCAGAAACAUCUUCAAGAGCUUUUAGUCUCCUCUGGGAUCUCAGCAUAGACAGACUUUUCCGUCAGCCUGAUGAAGACAUGCAUUUGUGGUGCCCCUCGCUGCAAGAGGUCAAGCAGGUGUUUCACAGCUUGGGAGCCUUCAACCCUGCCCUGUAUCCACAGGGGCCCUACCAGCACCGCACAAGAGUGCUUGAGAGUGAGGCCAGCCUGGGCUGGCAGGAGACACAGGACCCUCCCCAGGAAGUAGCCUUGGACAUUAAGCUGAGCUACAUCUACAAGUUCCUGAUCCUGUGUUUCCUAGUCCAGCCGAGGUCCUACACGGACACCAACAUUUUGAGCCUGAUGGAGCUGCUGUGUCGCGCAGGCCUGGAUGUGGGCUUGCGCCUGCUGCCCAAGACUGACCUCCAGCAACUCCUGCUCCUACUGCUGGAAAACAUCCAAGAGUGGCCGGGAAAGCUCCAGGCACUGUGCUGCUCCCUCAGCUGGGUCUCCGACCACCACCACAACCUCCUGGCGCUUGUGCAGUUCUUUCUGGACGUGACUCCCCGUGGCAGACUACUUCGAAGCCAACUGAGCCUCACGGUUAUUGCCCGGAUGCUGGGUCAGCAAGAGGCACUUCCUCUCUGGGGAGAGAAAACCCAGCUAGCGGUACUCGGCCAUCUCCUCAGCCUCAUGAGACCAUCAUCCCUCAGGCAGUAUCUGGGUGCGGAGACCUUGCCACCCUCUCAGGGGAAACAGCGAAGGGCCAGCGCUGAGCUCGACUACAAGGUCUGCUAUCUGUGCCACAGCCUCCUGACACUGGCUGGGGUGGUGGUCAGCAGCCAGGAUAUUACUCCAGAUCAAUGGGGUGAGCUGCAGCUGCUGUGCAUGCAGUUGGACCGCCACAUCAGCACCCAUAUCCGGGAGAGCCCCCAGGCCAUGCACCGAACCAAACUCAAGGACCUCGCCACCCAGACCUACAUCCGCUGGCAGGACCUGCUGGCUCACUGUCAGCCCCAGGGCCAGUACUUCAACCCUUGGAAAGAUAUUUAAAGGGAUAAUGGCAAAGUGACUCUAGGCUCCGGAUCCAGCAGGAGGAGAACUGUAGGAGCUUUUGCCAAAUGAGAAGUGGAAGAAGCCCUUUCAGAGCCAGGUGACUUGGAUG